UUCAUCCAGCUCGCUGAUGAGAGUGAUGAGGUCCCAAAUUUAAGGGCAAGUUAUAUGCGGAUUUCAGACUUUCGGCACCUGAAUGGACCAAGUUGGAGCUGAUGUGUGAAGUCCUCCAGGAGCCCCCAGACGCUCAACAGAGUUUCUCAGUGACAUGUGAACCAACCGUAUGGCGGACUAUCCCAGUGCUCGAAUGUCUUCAAGAGACACUGCAAAAUAUGGCAGGCACAUCAAAAUUCAACCGCUUCUCAACAGCUAUUGAAGCUGGUGUCAUCAAUCUCCGCAAGUGGUAUGGUAAGACUGAUGACAUGGACACAUAUUUCAUUUGCCUAGCGCUCGACCCCAACUACAAGGUCGCAUAUGCACAUGACAAAUGGGCCCCUCAUUUUUUCAAACAAGGCAUGGAAUGCCUCGAGAGAGUCUACUUCCUCGCAGGCUCCUGCAUCAGCAAACUACCAAUUUUGUGA